AUGCACUUUGCUCGUCACCCUUCGCUGCACCACAAGCCGACGGCUUGUCGAACUGCCGGCAGCCCAACACCUCGUCGAAGUAGGGAGCGGGAUGCAGCUCGAUCGGAUGAUGAGACCCCUUCACCCAUCACCUCUCCGUGGGAAGCAUCCUCCAGCUUAGCUCACAUCAUGGCCACCAGCAGCGCAGCUUCCUACUUUGACCCGCGUCAUGCACAGGCACAGGCACAGGCACAGGCACGCGGUGCAAGCUCCCUGCCGAGCAGUCGCACCGGUACGGCGCACACGUCUCCAGGAACACCAGAUCGUCUGAUCAACGCUGCGGCGCUCAGCUCGAGAGGCUUCGAAGACGGGGCGCACCAAGAUGAAGCCUCUCCAACUCUUUCGAGGUGCGCCAAGAUCAAUGACUCUCCCAUCCUUUCCCUCGACGCAGAUGAUGGCGAUGCGCCCAGUCCUUCACAAAGCGACGAUCGCUGCCGUGUCGUGGGCAGAAAGGUCGUCAUCUUUGGCGCAACCUCUGCUCGUGGUUUUGCUGCCGUCAGUGGUCUACUGGUGCGUCUGCUCAAACCACACGCAACUGCUCGUGUCUGACUGACUGACGGUCUGACGAUGCUGACCUGCAGGAUGACAAUGAGGCAUACAAGGUGCGUUGCCCGCUCGCGAGGCGCGCGCUACUGAGCAUACCCGACGCUUCUUGCACUGGCGUUUCCUUCUUUCUCAGAAAAAGCGUAUAGAGAAUGCCUACCAAGCGACUCGACGCAAGGCUAUGCUCGCCGACCAUGGUCUCACCGAGGAAGAUGCUCACCUGCUGCCCGCCAUGCUGCCGCUCUCCCCAAGCGUAUUAGAUCUCAGAGCAGCAGCACGUCCAGGGGCCUACGCUGAAGCGGAGCUGGACCAACAAGAGGCGCCUUCUCGGCCCGACGAAGAUUUCCAAGAAUCGGCACUCUCGGUCAAAGCUCCUGCUCUCUCUGCAAGUCAGUCAUCCACAUUGUCCACGCGGCGCUUCCGAUCGGAUGGCUUCGAGGCCGUAGAUGAAGAGGAAGCGCGUCCGAUGCUGCUCAAUCCUUAUGCGGCAGCUCCCUCCCUGCCUCUAGACUUGCGAAACUCCACGUCGCCCACGCACGGCCCUCUGUGCGGCGCUCAUCGCAACAGCAUCAGUGAUCCGUCAGUGUCGAGUGGGCAUCUGGACACCUUUGACAAGAAUUGUCGAAGAUGCGAUGACCGCGGCACGAUAGGCCCCACAUCGACCCAGGCGCAAAGUGGCGCUCUCUUGGUCGACGACCGCUUCUCUGCCGAACUCAUCAGCGCCAUGCAUACCAGGCUCAGUAGGUCCGGUGCAAGCAUAGAUCUGAGCCCGCGCUGGCACAUUGUCGCUGUUACGCGCUCUUUGAAUGGAAGAGCGGCCAAUGAGCUCCGGGAGUUGGGCGUAGAGGUGGUGGAAGCGGACUUGCAAAAGCCUGAAAGCAUCGCUGCCGUCCUCAAAGCUGCUUACGCGUGCUUCGUGAGUGGGGUCGAUGCGAGGUGUCAAUGCGUGGCUGCCCAAACGCUGAACCUGCUUCCUUCAUCCACCAUUCAGAUUCCGCCAUACUGCCUGUGAGCACGGCGCGAUUGCCCCCUGAUACAAAAACAAUGCUGACGUCAAUUCUCGUCCCCGUGCAGUUGGGGCUGGCCACUAGCGCCCCGCAUGCUGGAUGCAUUGGACAUGCCUGGCGGCCUCAUCGAUCAGCUCUGCACCGCAGAGUGCUCCGUCGAGGUUGUCAUUUACGAGUGGGUUGGCGAAAUUUCGGUAGAGCAAAAAGUCUUGCUGCGCGCUGACGAGACGCUACAGUGCGAUCGAGACUAUCCGUGCGGAAUGUAGCCAGCCUCCGGCGUCAAUUUUGAAGAGCAACGCCAUCGAUGUCAAGCUACGACAGGCGAACGCUGCUGGGCACCUCAAAUGCGUGACGACGUUGGACAAUGUGGUGCGUCAAUGCUGAUGACGUUUCGCGGACAUUCUCAAAACGGCUGUUGACAUUGCUCUUCGCGCCUACACAGGUACCGUGAGUGGGUUCACUAUUGCGUAGAGAAUGCACGACUCAGGCACACGUCGAGCCUCCGCAGCUUUGAUCUGGCACUAGAAGGCGAGACGGCCCAAAUCAUUGUUCCCAUCAGCGUGAGCACCUUCAAGUCGGCACCAUAUAAGUGCCCCUCCGCGAAACGGCUCACCGCGCUGCACCCCCCGCGCUCUACCUCGUGCCGUCGCCGCAGCGCGAUGGUGGAUUUUGGCUCGAUGUUCUGGCUCCCACGGACUUGACGCUGCCGUUUUGCUGCAUCGGAGAUCUCAACUCGAUCGUUCCACUCAUCCUCAAUUCGCCUCACGAAAAAUUCAAUCGUGAGCAUUGGGGGGCGCAUCGCGCGUCAAAAAUAUCGAAGCUGACAUUGGCCUGGCCCUGCAGAACGCCACGUCGAUCUGUGCUCGGAUGUAUUGACGCCGAGAGAGCUGACGCAGCAGCUGUGCCAGGCUCUGUACAUUAGCUGCGUCAAGGUGCACGCCAAGGAGCACACGACGCAAGACUUUUACGAAAUGCUCAAAGCUGGAGGAGAUCGGAGAGAGGCUUGCGAGCUCAUCAAUUACUUUAUGGAUGCUCCAAGGAGUAGACGUCCAAGACGAGAGGUGAGGAGGGUGAUGGAGUGUUCGGACCUGGCGCUCGCUCCGGCCAGUGCAAAGUACCGCUCAUCGCCCGUCUCUCGCCUUUUGUGCAGCCCUCGAACUCGUCGACAGGAUAUCACUUGUCCACGUGGUUCGACUGGAGCUCGCCUAGACUAAAGGAAAUAUUGCCUGAAUACGAGUUUCUCGAUGUGAGUUUCGAGCCUUGCACUCCCUUCUGCUCCGCUCACUCAUCGCACUGCCCGGCAUCGCAGCACAAGACGAGGCCGGGGAUGGGCACGUCUCAGGGAGAUCACAUCUUCUAUCAGCAACCAUUUUUUGCAGCUCAAGAGCACGUCGAUUUCGACUUGAUGCUGUCCGACAAAAAUUCGCACGCAGAUGCUCAGGGCAGUGCGUCGACUCCUGAAGCCGAAGAGCCAAAAUGGGCUUCCAAGAUUGCUUGGUAA